GAUUUUAAUUGGUCACAUGCCGCGAAAGGUUGGAAGUUGCAGGCGUCCGUGUCACGCGCACGCGCGCCGACAAAGUGAAUGGCACACGGGUGCAGAAGUGACACCGGCGAGGCGACACGAGUGGAGCCGGAGCCGCGGCAGCUGCCUGGAGACGCGAAGAAGAAGAAGAAGAAGAAGUAGGAGUAGGAGGAGGAGGAGGAUGAGGAUGGUGAGAAGCGAGCGCGCGCGCGCACGUGGUGGGGAGAAGAUGAAGAUGAAAGCGGCGGGAGGCUGUGGUAGUAGUGUCCCACCACCGGCGUCUCCCACAACCAGUGGUUAGCAGGAGGAGGAGGAGGACGCCCGGGGACUCGGGUGUGCGCGCGUGUGUGUGUGUGUGUGUGUAGGUGGGGUAGUUGAAUUCGGCUCCGUGGAGGGGCAAAGAAAAGUUCCGCGACUGUGUACAAUGGUGAUAAAUGGGUCUCACCUGAACAGCAGCUCCGCGCCAGACCCCGACGCCGACGCCGACGCCGCCGCCGUCCUGAGCCGCCCGCCGUGGGUCACCACGACUCUGGGCUGCUUCCUCAUCUUCACCAUCGUCGUCGACAUCCUGGGCAACCUGCUGGUCAUCUUCUCCGUCUACCGGAACAAGAAGCUCCGGAACGCAGGGAACAUCUUUGUGGUGAGUCUGGCGGUGGCGGACCUCGUGGUGGCCAUCUACCCGUACCCGCUGGUCCUCACCUCCAUCUUCCACAAUGGCUGGAACCUGGGUUACGUCCACUGCCAAAUCAGCGGCUUCCUCAUGGGCGUCAGCGUCAUCGGCUCCAUCUUCAACAUCACCGGCAUUGCCAUCAACAGAUACUGUUACAUCUGCCACAGCCUCAAAUAUGAUAAACUGUACAGUGACAAGAACUCUGUCUGCUAUGUGAUGCUGAUCUGGGCCCUGACUGUGGUGGCCAUCGUGCCCAACCUCUUUGUGGGUUCGCUGCAGUAUGACCCGCGAGUUUACUCCUGCACCUUCGCGCAGUCGGCCAGCUCGGCGUACACCAUCGCCGUGGUUUUCUUUCACUUCAUCUUACCUAUCAUGAUUGUCACCUACUGCUACCUGCGCAUCUGGAUUCUGGUCAUACAGGUGAGGCGGCGGGUCAAACCCGACAAUCGGCCCAAGCUGACGCCGCACGACGUCAGGAACUUUGUCACCAUGUUCGUGGUGUUUGUGCUCUUCGCCGUCUGCUGGGCGCCGCUCAACUUCAUCGGCCUGGCCGUGGCGAUCAAGCCGGAGGUGGUGAUUCCCCUCAUCCCCGAGUGGUUGUUUGUGGCCAGCUACUUCAUGGCCUACUUCAACAGCUGCCUUAACGCCAUCGUGUACGGCGUGCUGAACCAGAACUUCCGGCGAGAGUACAAGCGCAUUGUGGUGUCCGUGUGCACGGCUCGCAUCUUCUUACAGGAGAGCUCGAACGACGCGGUGGAGAGGCUCAAGAGUAAACCGUCGCCACUCAUGACCAACAAUAACCAGGUCAAGGUGGACUCCGUCUGACUGGGAACUCGAGGAACACUGAGAGGACACAAACACAUAUGAUGUGACUUACAAUUAAAAAAAAAUUAAAAUAAAUAAAAGAUGAGAGAGAUAAAAUACCAAAAAUAAUUAUCAAGCAGCUUCUGUCCUCCGGGCUGUUCACGGACUGUCAUACGGUGCUAUCUGACCUCUGAACAAUCACAGUAACUCCAGGGGUGCAUAUUAUCUUUGUCUUUUACCAAGCACUUUGGUUUGACUCUGCAGUAUCUGUAGUACAGUAAAUAUACAGUAUAUGAUGUUUUGGUUUUGUUUUCAUGUUUACAGUGAUGAUAUACAUGUAUCAUGCAUUAUACAAGUAUUUAUUUUGUAUGAAGUGUCAUGUAGAUAUAUACAUAACUAUAUAUAUACAUAUACAGUACAAUAUAUCAGGUUCCAGUUAAAUGAAGACAGAGUUUUAAGGUCAAUGGGGAAAAAAAUUCUACAAAACAUGGUUGAAAAUAUAACGACAAGUUUAUAAACGAAGUAAAAAAACGAUUUUAAUAACCUCAUUUGUGACACUGUAACACUAAUUGAGCGCAAGCAAUGUGGGCUGCUGCUGUAAUAUUAUUAUUAUAAUUAUCCCCUGAAAUACUGUCCCUUUCAUUAGGUGGAAUAUAUAUUUUCAUAAGAAAGAAAUCUCUCUCUUUCUCUCUCUCUCUCUAUCUUUGCCAAUUUGUGAGCUCAUUAUACUGUAUGCAUGGAUAUCAGGAAUUGUUCAUAUGCAAAAUAAAAAUCUGAUAUUGAUGGAG